AUGGAGAUCACUGAUUUACUUUGUCAAGCUUUACAAAGGAAAGAUCAAGAUAUUUUUAACUCAUUGAGGUUAGUUGCAUCUACCAAAUUGUUAUUGCAACUAAUGAAAGAUGAAAGCUGGGAUGUUUUGCUUUGCCUUGUUAAGUCAUUUUGUCAGGUACGUAACAUAGAUAAACCUGACUUGUUUUCUUCCUACUUUAGCAGAGGGAAUCGAGCUCGUAAUGAGCAUAGUGAUCAUACACUUAAGCAUCAUUACCGAGUGGAUAUCUUUUAUGAAGCAAUUAAUUGUCAAUUAAUGGAAUUAGAUCAUUGUUUCAGUGAUGGUUCCAUGGAGAUGCUUCGUCUUCCUUCAACUCUAGAUCUUAAAAAUGCGUAUGAGACUUUUAGAAGUCUUGAUGUACGACAACUAGUAGAGAAGUUUUAUCCUGAAGAUUUCAAUGAUCAUGAUAAAACAAUUCUGAAAAUGCAACUUCAACAUUAUGUUAUUGAUGUCGUUCAACAUAUAGAUUAUAAGCAAUUGACAUCUAUUGCAGAAUUGGGUCAAUGGGAAGUAGCUGAAAAUAUUAGUUUGGAGGAAAUUGUGGAAGACUUCAAGGUCGCAAUAGAUCGACGGGUUCCACUUUGA